CACCUGCAGCUGAUGGACAGCAGGUCUGCACCGACACGACACCGCCAGACCUGAACCUUCACCGGGCACAGACUGAGCCGUUGCAGACGGCAUGUCGGAGCAGCCGGACCCCGAGGAUGCCGCUUCAGAGGAGUCAGAGAGAGACAUCUACAUGCGCUUCAUGAAGUGUCACAAGUGUUAUGACAUCAUCCCCACCAGCUCAAAACUGGUGGUGUUUGACACCACGCUGCAGGUUAAAAAAGCGUUCUUUGCUCUGGUGGCAAACGGAGUGAGAGCUGCUCCUCUGUGGGAGAGUAAGAAACAGAGCUUCGUAGGAAUGUUGACCAUCACAGACUUCAUCAAUAUCCUGACCAGAUACUACAAGUCCCCAAUGGUUCAGAUCUACGAGCUGGAGGAACAUAAAAUCGAGACAUGGAGAGAGCUGUACCUGCAGGAGACCUUCAAACCUCUGGUCCACAUCUCACCUGAUGCCAGUAUAUUUGAAGCCGUGUACUCGCUGAUAAAGAAUAAGAUCCACCGUCUGCCUGUCAUUGAUCCGGUCAGCGGGAAUGCUCUCUACAUCCUGACUCACAAGAGGAUCCUCAAGUUUCUGCAGCUGUUUGUGUGUGAGAUGCCCAUGCCGCCCUUCAUGAAGCAGACUCUGGAGGAGCUGGCGGUUGGAACAUAUGCUAACAUCGCCUACAUCCAUCCCGACACGCCGCUCAUCACCGCGCUGUCCGUCUUCACGCACCGACGCGUCUCCGCUUUGCCCGUCGUUGACCACAACGGUAAAGUGGUGGACAUCUACUCCAAGUUUGACGUCAUUAACCUGGCAGCAGAGAAGACGUACAACAACCUGGAUGUGACCGUCACGCAGGCUCUCAGACACAGAUCCCAGUACUUUGAAGGAGUCAUGAAGUGCAACAAACUGGAAACACUGGAGACUAUCGUGGACCGCAUCGUGAAGGCCGAGGUUCACAGGCUUGUUGUUGUUGAUGAAGAGUCUCGUAUCGUCGGCAUCGUCUCUCUGUCCGACAUCCUGCAGGCGCUGGUCUUGACCCCCGCAGGUACAAGAUACAAGAAGAGUUCUUAUGAUUAA